CAUUCCAGAUUGUCUAUGACAAAUGGUUUAAAAUAAUGCCCACCAUCAAGUACUGUUUUGAUUUUCAAUUGGAUGGUGAAUUAUGUAAUCCAUUACAAAUCAUCUCAACUGAACUUCACUGUUACAAUUUGUUGGUCAAUAAAUCUAUUGACUCAAAAUGGAGCUCAUAUUCUCAAGAAUUCAACAUGAUAGAAGAGAUUCAAAUCCUCAAUAUAUUACAGUUUUGGUUUACCACUCAAAUCUUUGAGACUAUUUCAAAGUUAUAGGUAUGAGAUGUUUGCAUUUGCUUCUCAAUAUAGAGCCUCAAGGCUUUAAUGAUCUCAAGAGAUUGAUAUUAGGGCUACUAUAGCUUAAUAUGUCCUCUCUCCAUUCAUUGUCUAUAAAAUGAUUGUACUUGGUCCUUUUGUUUAUCAAGACGAUCAAGAUAUAUAACAAAAUGAAAUUCAACUUCAUUUAUUUCAUUCCUGUGCUUUUAGCCAUCGUCAAUUUAGGUGGUUCGGUGCCUAUUGUUCCCUUCCCAAGCAUUACCGUUGGUGGUGAUAUCAUCAAAUAUACAGAAGCUCUCGUGGCUGCUUUUGUUUCAUUAGCUAAAAGUAAAUUACCAGCUGCUAAAAUCUUGGGAUUAUUGCCUACAUUAAGUCUUGAUUUUAAUUUAAAAGUUGUUGAACCAUUUGCAAAAGAUUUACCAAACUAUAAUACUGAGUUCCCAGUAAAAGGUCUUGAUGAAGAGAAAGUCAAAUGGCUAGUUGAGGCUGAUAAUAGAACAAAAGAGGACCCUGUCUUGCUUUACUCUCAUUUUGGUGCUUACAUUUUGGGAGUUUUACCUGUCUCUCCAUAUCUUUGGACUAGAUUAUAUCAAGCUUUGGAGAAUGACAGAUUAUCAAUCUUGUUGUUGGAUUAUACAACUACUGCAAAUGGUGCGAAGUAUCCAACUCAAUUGAAGGAAAUUGCCUCAACUUAUAACCAACUUGCCAAAACCUCAGACAAUAUUAUCGUUGGUGGUGAUUCAGCAGGCGCUCACUUGAGUUUAAGUUUGAUUAGACACAGUGAACUUCCAAUUUCUGGAGUCCCGGAUGUUGAUGGUGAGUCCCUCACUGGUGGUAUUUUCAUUUCACCAUGGCUUAAUAUCUAUCCAGAUGAUACAACUGGAUCCCAUGAGUACAACAAUGGGAAAGAUUUCAUGAUUUCGAAGUUCCUUAGAGAAGCUGGUUUGGAAUUUGUUUCAUCGAAAGAUUUACUCACUGCUCCAGAAACUAACUUUUAUAAUGAUACAGAAGCUGAUUGGGAAAAUAUUCUUCCAAAGAAUGUUUUCAGUAGUUAUGGUGAACGUGAGAUUUUGUUGACUGAUGAUGUUUCCUGGUAUAAAUUGGCCGGAUUAUCUGGUGAUCAAGUUUUUGAAGAUCCAAAUGCUAUUCAUGAUGCAAUCAUUUUCACUCCUGAAAAGAGUGAUGUCUUUCCAAAGAUUGUUGAGUUUUUUAAGAGAAAUUAUUAGUUUUAGUUAGACGAUGUUUUUAUCUAUUG